UCCUGUGCUCUCUCUUCCGUCCUUCCCAAAUCCAUCCUUAUAUCCCUUAAAUUCACCUAAAGUUCUUCUCCCAAUCUUAGUACAGCGAUAGUUCCACACCUCAAUCCACGAAGCCCCAAUAUCUUUCUUCUAGUUUAGGUUCGGAGCCUUCGAGGCGAAGGUACCUAGGCAGACAAUGGACUCAAAGGAAGCAUCUUUGCUUUCAUCAUCCGACGUUUCAGACUUGAAAAUUGGUGGUGUCAAUAGCAACAGUGUUGCUGUUGUUUCUGAUGACGAUGAUGUCUUUUUGAAUGCUCAAGAGGAGCCCGUGGGUGAGGAGCCUGCUGGAGGUGGAAUUGGCGGACCCAAUUCCGUUGACCCUUUUGAGGGUUCCCCUGUUUUUGAUGUUUUGGUGAAUGGUGAUGACGAAAAUCUGAAUAAAAAUGAGGUCUUGAAUGUUGAGAAGGGUGUUGAGGAAGGUGAGGCUGUGUUGGGGGAGGAAAAUAGGGGUCCUUUUGAGGGUUCCCGGGUUUCUGAUGUUUUGGUGAAUGGUGAUGACGAAAAUCUGAAUAAAAAAGAGGUUUUGGAGGUUGAGAAGGAUGUUGAGAAAAGUGAGGCUUUGUUGGAGGUGGAAAGUAGGGGUGGAGAAGAAUCUGGUGUCUCUGGGUCUACUCUUGCCAAUGGAAGUGUCACUGAGGUCCAGCUUGGUUGCACGACGGGCUUUGGGGAUAGUGAAAAAGUGGAUGGUGUCACUGCAGAAGUUCAAGAUGUAGAGGAGCAUGAAUCUGUUGGAGGUUUCGGUAGCGAGGAUUUUCUAGAGGCUUCUCCUAAAGAAUCUAUGCCCAAUCCUGAGGGUUUUGCGAAUGAUGAUGAUGAAAAUCUCAAUAAAGUUGAUGUCUUGGAGGGUGAGAAGGCUGUUGAGAAAGACGAGGCUUUGUUAUUGGAGGAAAAAGAAGAAUAUGGUGAUAUUACUGGUAACAGGUGCCCAGAUUCAGCUCUACCCAUAACUGAAAUUGAUGGGUUGAAUGCAAAUGCUAGUGAGGCUCAACCUGAUGGCUUGGAGGGAUCUGGGGUUUGUAGUGAGAAUACAGAUGAAGUUGUGAAUCCUAUCAGGGAAGGGCUAGACAAAGAGAAGGUAGAGGAGACAAUUGGUGAGGCAUCUAUGGUUGUUAUUGGAGAAGCCAAAGAUCUGCGAAAUCAUGAGAUCGAGGGUGUGCCAUCAAUUAAUGGAACAGAUGAAAUAAAACAAACAGAUCCUUCAAGCAAAGGGGUGGCUGUCAUUGACAAAGACAAGGAGUGGACCCCGCCUGAUGACAAUGAGAGCACAGAAUCUGUCAACAAAAUUGAUGGGUCUGAACCAGUCAUGGAACACAGCACUAACGUGCCAGAGAGCGUGACGAGAUCUGCUAUCAUCAGCCUUGACACUUCUGAGGAUGAUGUUCACAAUAUAGACGACCUUAAAUGUGUGGGAACAGAGAAGCUCUCAGAUAAAGCAGCCAAUGAAAUUGCAUCUUCAGAUGCUGUACACAGUAAUGGCAGGCUUAUUAUUAUUCAGAACGACAUGGAAGACAAAACUGUUUCCCCUGAGAAAACUCCAUCAGAAUGCAAGGAGGAGGCCAAUCAUCAACAGAUGAGUGGAGAUGGUGAACUAGAAGACGGCUCAGUUUCAGAUCAGGAGUCGGAUGGUAUGGUUUUUGGCAGCUCUGAAGCAGCCAGACAGUUCAUUGAGGAGUUGGAAAGGGAAUCCGGCGAUGUUGAGGCCUCUGCUCUGGAUGGCCAAGUUGUGACCGAGUCAGAGGAGGAGGAGGAGGAGAUAGACACUGAUGAGGAAGGAGAUGGAAAUCACCAGUUGCUAGAUUCUUCUGCUAUAGCAGCUUUACUGAAAGCCGCAACGGAUGGUUCUGACCGCGGGAACAUAACCAUCACCUCUCAGGAUGGUUCUAGACUCUUCUCGGUAGAGCGUCCUGCCGGCCUGGGGUCAUCACUCCGGUCCUUGGGGCCCACUGCUCCCCGACCCACACAUUCCAAUUUCUUCACCCCCACAGUUCCAAACUCUUCGGGUCCCGAGGAAAACUUGACUGAAGAAGAAAAAAUGAAGCUUGAAAAGCUGCAGCAGAUCAGAGUGAAGUUCUUGAGACUCGUCAAGAGGUUGGGCUUCUCUUCAGAUGAAUCCAUAGUGACACAGGUUCUGUAUAGGCUUUCCCUAAUUGCAGGAAAACAAAACAGUCAACUCUUCAGCAUCGACAUGGCCAGGUCAACUGCCCUCCAGCUGGAAACAGAGGGGGGAAAUGGCGACGAGUUGGACUUCUCUGUGAACAUACUUGUUCUUGGAAAGUGUGGGGUGGGGAAAAGCUCCACCAUAAACUCCAUUUUAGGGGAAGAGAAAACCCCCAUUGAUGCCUUUUCGCCCACGACUACUAAUGUGAAAGAAAUAUGUGUGACUAUGGAUGGGGUCAAGGUCAGGGUUUUUGAUACCCCUGCCCUCAAGUCAUCUGCCAUGGAACAGGCUUUCAACAACAAGGUUCUGUCAAAUGUUAAAAAGCUUGCGAAGAAGAAUCCUGUGGACAUCGUCCUCUAUGUUGACCGUUUGGAUGCGCAGACAAGGGAUCUUAAUGAUCUCCCACUUCUCAGGACCAUCACUGCCUCCCUGGGCUCUGCCAUCUGGCGAAGCACGAUUGUUACUUUGACACAUGCAGCUUCUGCUCCUCCAGAAGGACCUUCUGGAUCUCCCAUGAGUUAUGAGGCUUUUGUCACCCAAAGAUCACGGAUUGUCCAGCAGUCAAUCGGGCAUGCCACGGGUGACUUACACAUGAUGAGUCCGAGCAUGAUGAAUCCGGUUUCUCUGGUCGAAAACCACCCGGCCUGUAGAAGGAACAGAGAUGGGCAGAAGAUACUGCCCAACGGUCAGGUCUGGAGGCCACAGUUGCUUCUCUUAUGCUAUUCGAUGAAGAUAUUGUCGGUCGCGAAUUCUCUUUCUAAGCCGGCGCAAGACCUGUUUGACCCCCGUAAGCUGCUCGGCUUCCGGGCCCGCACGCCCCCUCUUCCUUACAUGUUGUCUUCGAUGUUGCAGUCCCGGGCCCACCCAAAGCUGAGUACUGAAUUAGGCAGCGAUAGUGUUGACUCCGAGAUUGACUUGGACGCUUUGUCUGAUUCUGAUCAAGAGGGAGGAGAAGAGGAAGAAGAGUUUGACAGGCUUCCACCCUUUAAGCCUCUCAGGAAAGCUCAAAUGGCUAAACUCAGUAAAGAACAGAAAAAGGCCUACUUUGAGGAGUACGACUACCGGGUGAAGCUCUUGCAGAAGAAGCAAUGGAGAGAAGAGCUGAGGAGAAUGAAAGAGAUGAAGAAGAAAGGAAAGAAUGGUGCUGCUGAAGCUCAACCUGAUGAAGAUUUUGAUUCUGGGGCAGCUGCCCCUGUCGCUGUCCCACUGCCCGACAUGGUCCUUCCCCCGUCCUUUGAUGGUGAUAACCCUACAUACAGGUACCGGUUUUUGGAGCCAACCUCCCUGUUUCUGGCAAGGCCGGUUUUGGACGCCCACGGAUGGGACCAUGAUUGUGGCUAUGAAGGUGUCAACAUUGAACACAGCCAAGCAAUCGCGGACCGUUUCCCCACUGCUGUAACCUUCCAGAUCUCAAAAGACAAGAAAGAUUUCAGUGUCAGUUUGGACUCUUCCAUUUCUGCCAAGCACGGAGAGACGGGCUCCACCAUGGCGGGUUUCGACAUCCAAAACAUCGGGAAACAGCUCGCCUAUGUCGUCCGCGGGGAAACAAAGUUCAAGAAUCUGAAAAAGAACAAGACCGCGGGCGGGGUAUCGGUCACAUUCAUUGGGGAGAAUGUUGUGACCGGGAUCAAAUUUGAAGACCAGAUUACUUUGGGCAAGCGAUACGUCCUGGCGGGUUCCAUGGGCACGACCCGUUCACGGAACGAAAUGGCUUACGGGGCCAACUUUGAACUGCAGAGAAGGGAAGCGGAUUACCCGAUCGGGCAGGUUCAGUCCACGUUGAGUACAUCAGUUAUUAAAUGGAGAGGCGAUUUGGCUUUGGGGCUCAAUGCCUUGACCCAGUUCUCCCUUGGUCGGAACACAAAGGUUGUUGUUCGGGCGGGUAUAAACAACAAAAUGAGCGGUCAGGUCUCGGUCAGGACGAGCAGUUCGGAUAAUCUGUCAAUUGCACUCUCUGCUCUACUACCAAUUGCACUUGCCGCCUACCGGAAGCUUUAUCCGGCGACCGCUGCCGAGCAGUACUCAAUCUACUAGUAGAUCUCUCUCAUUCCAAUGUUUCUGAUAAUUCUUUGUUUUUUCUUUUAAAAAAACUGUUUUUUUUACAUAUUGCUUAAUAAUGUUGUCUCCUCCAUUGAUGCUGCUCUGCUUCUCCUAUUGAGUUUUUUUGUGUCAUAAGUGAGCUUAGACAAUGCAAUGCAUGCUCCUUUUUAUAUUCAAGGAAGCUUAUUCUUUUCUUCUUUUCUUUUUUGCUGCAUUCUAUUUUACUGUAUGAAAGGAGAUUGCACUAUGUUUCUAAGGAAUUUGGAAGGAAAAGAAAAGAAAAUGAUUUUC